AAAUUUUAAAGACCAAAGAGAAACCCUAUUUAUAAUACACUCUAGUAUCUUCAACAUUGGUUCAAAAGCAAAUGUUAAGUACAAAUACUUAACUAAAAGAGAUAAAUGAUGGGGCCGAUAACAAAAACCUGUAUAGCACUGAAGCUUGUCUACUACUAAGUGAGCUUUAGGCUACUAGGUUCAAAAGGAAAUAGAUCUAUCUUCGAUAUUUAUAGGACAGUUAAGGCAUCCUAUUAUCUGUGCCUUCAUGAAGCUAGAUCACAUUCUUGGGGCAUAAAUAAGAGAGUUGUAGAGAUUUUGUUCUAAUACAUUUUAUUGGGUAGUGUACUUCUCUUAGUCCAUUAAAAAAAUAACUUUUAUCCCUUUGUCUCCCAAAUGUCUCAUAAAUAUUGAUUAGAAAUAGUAGUAACACUUCAAAGAUGAGUUCCAAAACAGCAACUUUUUUUUGUAGAGUUUGAGUGUACUUCAGAACAUUUCUCAAGUUCUAUGGAAUCCUAAAUGCUCUGGGCAACAAUUUUUUCAGCACUUAGAUUUGGAAAAUGCUUUCCAGUAUAGCUACCUGUUUGAUGAUGAUAGGCAGUAUUUAAUGAGUGCUUAAUAUGCACCAGAUGUUGGGCUGGCUUUCAUGCAUUAUUUCCUAUAAUCCUUGCAAGUGUCCUCAGAAGAUAGAUUUUUGUGGAUGUGCGUUCGGAUGGGUUAAAGCUCCUGCUUAAAGUUAACACGGCCAACAAAAGGCAUCAUAUUCUUUGAGGAAUGGUGUUUAAGAGCUUCAGUCGUUAUCAGUCCUCUUCAAAAUUUUGCAAUUUUUUUUGUGCCCUAAAUUAGCUACAUCCACAUUCAUAUUACGUCUGGUGCAUGCUAGAAUCCAGCUCAAUCCAGUUUGUUUGAGAGGGUGAGAAGAGGGUUUGUAAUAGCAAAUGAUGAGGCCCCUUCACCUGGGGUUGUGUUUCUUACUUCUCUUGUCUCUCCUACCAGUAAUCAUUUUUCAUGUUCAUUAUAUAUACAACUCUAGCUGCAGGAAGAGUUUUAUUUGCUCUCAUAGAGAAGAGCACUUGAGUCCUAAUUACCUGUAUAUCCUUCCCUUUCCUUCCCAUUAAUAAGACUAAUCAUGCUCUAAUACUACUAUUAUGCCACCAGGGUGAAGGCAGAGCCUCCAUGUUUGGCUUUUCCUUUGUCCCUGUACGCAUUUGCUGGUGAAGACUAUGACACAAUUACUUUAAAGGGAAUAUUGCUCCUUUGGAAAUAUUUCAAAGCUGAGACGACCCACAUUUUAUUAAAUUUGUAAGCCACCGUUAGAUUUUAUUAGCAAGGAACGCCAGACUUAGGCAGAGUUUUUUCACAGGAGAUUUUGGCCUGUCCUAGAGCAGACUGCUAGGUACUAAAUUAUUUUCUGAGUUAACUUGAUUUUAGUGUUUCCAAAACCAUCACUACUCAGACUUUCCAACCCCACUACCCAAUGAGGGAAGGAAGGAGAUAACUUCAAUGGACUUUUUGUUAGGGUUACAAAGGUGCCCCUCUUUGCUACUGGGGAGAAUAGAAUAAGCCUUUCUUUGAUUUUCUCAUUAUUAAAGAUUCAGGAAGUUCUUGAAGGGGUGAAUGAAUGUAAGAGAAAUAGUAUUAAAUUUGUUGCUCUUAUUUCUUGUUACUGUCAUUUAUCUCUUGUUCAGAAUAAAAUCUUUUUCUUUGGCAUAACAUCAGUUGGAAGAUGUUUUUAGGAAGAGAGAGAUGACAUACACUAAGCCAUUUGCUACUUCUGGGACCUAGAAUGUAAAUAUCUGCUGAAGCAUCAUACUUUUUAAGACACUGCUUUUUUAUUAUCCAAUUUUCUUGUGUUACAAAAUGAUCCUAUAUUAGUUGGUGCAAGGUGAGCUGUGACAAAGCUUCCUUUUAGCCUUUCCUUCCUGAAAAGUGUUUGUUUCAGCCAUAGGUAGUUAAACUAGUGCUACAUUCUUUUUUUUUUUUUUUUUUUUUGUGGACAGUAUAAGAGGGGUAUGGAUAGCAGUAGGGUAUGGAGGGAUGGUAAAAUCCAUUCAAAGAAAGUCAAAUAUUGAACAGAUGAGAAAACAAAUUCAACAGCCGAGAUUUCCUUGUCGUCAACAGUGUGCAGUGCAGUCACUUCUAAGUGUUCUCUUUUAUAAAGACAGGUCUCCAGCAUGAGAGGAUGAAUGCCAUCUCCUCUUUAUGGAAAAUCUUGUAAAGCAGAAGGUUUGUAGGCAUGUCGUAUAUGCCACUUUCACUCUUGAGAAAGGAGAACAAGGAAAAUAAAACACACUUAAAAAUUAAUUUGCAACUCUUAAAAAAAACUGCCCUCCGGAACUUUCCUCUGCAGCCUGGGAUGACCUCAGGCAAGCUUCCAUAGAUAAUGGUUAUUCCUAAUGGCCAUAAUGACUCAGAACUCAUGUUGUCAUUCCAGGAUAGUAUAAGACACAGGUGAGGUGGCUUUCAAACUUUUGACAGUGACUCACAGGAAGAAACAUUUUGGAGUAAGACCCACUGCAUAGAGAGUGCCCACACACAUCUGAAAUGAAAAUUUCAUGAAACAGUAAUCACUCUUACUGUGUUUAAUGUGCACCUAUUUCUUGUCUUUUUAAAUUUAAUUCAGUUUUAUUUCACUUAAAAAGACAGAAAGAAACCUUGUCUUAAACUACGAAGUUGAUUUUGCUAGCCAGUAGUGGGUCAUACCCCAUAUAGAAAUUAAGAAAGACAACACCAGUCUGCUUCCAGGGUUCACUACACAGAAGUUCCUGCUGCCCUCAUGUGAUAGCUCCGACACCUGACCGUAGGUUAUUGGUGUGUUCCCAACAAAGCUGGCCUAGAACCUUUUAUUUUUUUCACAACUCCGCGUAGCCUGACCAUCCUUUCUCUCUAAGCCAGUGGUGAUUUGGCAGGAAGAGGGAAGUCUACAUUUGCACCUUCUCAGCCUGUGUCAUAACAUGGGAGCAGCUGCGGCCUGAUUCUCAUCGGCUGAAUCUGAGCUCUGCAAGCAGGGUGUUUCUUAGAGCCGUGGUUAAUGCUACAUCUAAUUCUUCGUUGUGGGCUAGAAUAGAACAUGGACUUUCCUGAGAAUGUGUAUGUGGGAUGUGGGAAGGAGAGAUGUGGGAAGGAGAGAAACAAUAAAAGGAAGAAUGAGAAAUUUCUCUUGGGCGCAUGGUGGUGAUAUUCACCUUAAAAAAAAACCCUGCCAGUAUUUUUUGAAAUUGGUGAUUUGGGGACUUGGGGUGGGGCUGGCCCCUUUUAUGUUUUGCUGCAUUUGUUUUGUCUUCUGAAUUAUGGUACCUACACCAAAAUAGUUUCAGUUGAAAAACAACAAGAGUAAAACAGAGAUUCAUUCAAAAAAGUUAUAAAGAAUGGAUAGGAAAAAAAUUACAGUGCAGUUUAGAAUUUGACUCUUCUGAUAUAUAUAACACUGCAGUGUACCAUGUAGACUUACAGUCACGAUUUCUUUUCAUCUUUAACUUCACGUCCUAGUUCAUAUGCUUCAAAAUUUCAGUUUUGCAAAGGGUUAGGAUAAUGUCUGACAUAGUAUUGAUGGUCAGAGUCAAAGAGUAUGUUCGUAAAGGAAGGCUUUGGCCAUGCAUAGGAAUCAAGCCUUUCUCAGGAAAGAGACGAGGCCAAAGCACCAUCAUUAGUCAUCCUCUGUUUCACUGCGUCUCUGUGUAUUUUCUCCCUCACCUCUCUGUGCCUGUUGCCACCUGGUACUAUGGAGACAAUAAUGGUCCCACCAUAAUUGCUGUGAAGAGUCAUAAGACGACAUGCAGAGUGCCCAGCACAUAGUGAGCCCUAGAACGUGAGAGGCCAGAACAUGGAGGUGUCCAUUGUUUUAUCCCUGGCGUCUAAGACAUUGCCUGGUAUGCAGUUGGUGCUCAAUAAGUAUUUGACAACUGAACAAAUAAUGUUGGCUAGGAUAAUAAUUACGGUAAUAGAAAAAAGAUAGUAUAAGAGACACAGGGACUGAUCUGGGCUAAUCACAUGCACUCUUUCAAAUAAUUAUGAGUUUGGGAAAAGACGAACUUACAUUCUUUUAAUCAAUUUAAAUUAACAGAAGUAUCAGUUGACAACGCUGGUGAUAUAAACAUAAGCAAGAAGUGGUUCCUGUUUCAAGAAGUCAUGGUCCAGUUAGAUAAAGCAGAGGUCACAGCAUAGCAUGAAGGGUAUGGACAGAAGAGGCAUUCAUCCCACAUGGAGCUGGGUUUGGGGCUGGUGAUGCAGGGAAGCUGAGUUUUGAAGGAUAAAUAGCCAUUAGACCAGCAGAGGAGGGACUAAGAGGGACGUGGCAGGCAGGGAAAGGGUGAAGUCCAGAGACGUGAGACCACGAGGGAUCGCCAAGUCAUGAGACGGAAUUAAAGUUGAGAGUUGAGCUGGCAGAACCUUGUGCAAAGGUGUUUGUCUUCUAUCUCGAAGGCAGUGGAAAACUGUGGAGAGAUUAAGUAGGUGCAGUUUCUAUGUUUUGAAAGAGUGGUGUGUGAUGAAAGUGGAACAUAGAGUGUGGCAAGAUGAGAAGUAAAGGGAUGGGAAAGCCUCAUCCUCCUGCAGUUUAGGGGCAGGCAGGCACACAUGCUCCGUUUUCAAAGGCAUCCCAACUGUAGCAACACAAAACAAAACAAAACAAAAACAAAGCCUUAGUGCGAAAGUAGAACUGUUACAGGUGGCUCACAAAUGACAGUAACAACAGUGACAAAAUAACAAUCAUCUAAUAAUAAUGCUAUUGCUAGUUUUGUUCUGAAAGCAGAAGCCAGAGCUGCUGACUUUUCUAGCAACUUUUGCAGGACAUUUAAAUCCCUCUAGCUGGCCCUUUGUUCCUGUGUUGCCAUGGAGUGUCAAUAAGCCCAGCUCAGAAUAACCCAGGCAGUGAAAUGAGAGGUGCAGCUUGCUCACUGGCAUGUUGGCUGGCCAGGUUACACUGUUUUCAUUGCUCCCGUCUUGGGAGGAGCACUGGGCAGCUGGUUGCCCUGGCAGCUGUGAAGGUGUAUGUCUCUUGGCUGCCCAGAGUUUGAAACGGAACCAAAACUUGGCUGCCUAUUGAGCAUGUGCAGCUUCUGACCGAGCUGAUAGCAACUGAAAAUAGCCCACUGAGCACCUGUCCCUUGUACACCAGCCCCUGGCCGACUGCCAUUUAGGACAAUGUGGACUUACUCAGUAGACAGAUGAGAUGCCCAAGGUCAACCCCAAACUCUACAUGUGUGUGUGUGAAGGCCUCUCCUGUGGUAAUGAGGACCACUGUGAAGGCCAGCAGUGCUUUUCCUCACUGAGCAUCAACGAUGGCUUCCACGUCUACCAGAAAGGCUGCUUCCAGGUUUAUGAGCAGGGAAAGAUGACCUGUAAGACCCCACCGUCCCCUGGCCAAGCUGUGGAGUGCUGCCAAGGGGACUGGUGUAACAGGAACAUCACGGCACAGCUGCCCACGAAAGGAAAAUCCUUCCCUGGAACACAGAAUUUCCACUUGGAGAUCGGCCUCAUUAUUCUCUCUGUAGUGUUCGCAGUAUGUCUUUUAGCCUGCUUGCUGGGAGUGGCUUUCCGAAAAUUUAAAAGGCGCAACCAAGAACGUCUCAAUCCCCGAGACGUGGAGUAUGGCACCAUUGAAGGGCUUAUCACCACCAAUGUUGGAGACAGCACUUUGGCAGAUUUAUUGGAUCAUUCGUGUACAUCAGGAAGUGGCUCUGGUCUUCCCUUUCUGGUACAAAGAACAGUGGCUCGCCAGAUUACACUGUUGGAGUGUGUCGGGAAAGGCAGGUAUGGUGAAGUGUGGAGGGGCAGUUGGCAAGGGGAAAACGUUGCUGUGAAGAUCUUCUCCUCCCGUGAUGAGAAGUCAUGGUUCAGGGAAACAGAAUUGUACAACACUGUGAUGCUGAGGCAUGAAAAUAUCUUAGGUUUUAUUGCUUCAGACAUGACAUCAAGACACUCCAGUACCCAGCUGUGGUUAAUUACACAUUAUCAUGAAAUGGGAUCUUUGUACGACUAUCUUCAGCUUACUACUCUGGAUACAGUUAGCUGCCUUCGAAUAGUGCUGUCCAUAGCUAGUGGUCUUGCACAUUUGCACAUAGAGAUAUUUGGGACCCAAGGGAAACCGGCCAUUGCCCAUCGAGAUUUAAAGAGCAAAAAUAUUCUGGUUAAGAAGAAUGGACAGUGUUGCAUAGCAGAUUUGGGCUUGGCAGUCAUGCAUUCCCAGAGCACCAAUCAGCUUGAUGUGGGGAACAAUCCCCGUGUGGGCACGAAGCGCUACAUGGCCCCCGAAGUUCUAGAUGAAACCAUCCAGGUGGAUUGUUUCGAUUCUUAUAAAAGGGUCGAUAUUUGGGCCUUUGGACUUGUUUUGUGGGAAGUGGCCAGGCGGAUGGUGAGCAAUGGUAUAGUGGAGGAUUACAAGCCACCAUUCUACGAUGUGGUCCCCAAUGACCCAAGUUUUGAAGAUAUGAGGAAAGUAGUCUGUGUGGAUCAACAGAGGCCAAACAUACCCAACAGAUGGUUCUCAGACCCGACAUUAACCUCUCUGGCCAAGCUAAUGAAAGAAUGCUGGUAUCAGAAUCCAUCCGCAAGACUCACAGCACUGCGCAUCAAAAAGACUCUGACCAAAAUCGAUAAUUCCCUCGACAAAUUGAAAACUGACUGUUGACAUUUUCAUAGUGUCAAGAAGGAAGAUUUGACGUUGUCAUUGUCCAGCUGGGACCUAAUGCUGGCCUGACUGGUUGUCAGAACAGAAUCCAUCUGUCUCCCUCCCCAAAAGGCUGCUUUCACAAGGCAGACAUCAUACCCAGCCAUGUGUUGGGGAGACAUCAAAACCACCCUAACCUCUCUCGAUGACUGUGAACUGGGCAUUUCACGAACUGUUCACACCGCAGAGACUAAUGUUGGACAGACACUGUUGCAAAGGUAGGGACUGGAGGAACACAGAGAAAUCCUAAAAGAGAUCUGGGCAUUAAGACAGUGGCUUUGCAUAGCUUUCACAAGUCUCCUAGACACUCCCCACGGGAAACUCAAGGAGGUGGUGAAUUUUUAAUCAGCAAUAUUGCCUGUGCUUCUCUUCUUUAUUGCACUAGGAAUUCUUUGCAUUCCUUACUUGCACUGUUACUCUUAAUUUUAAAGACCCAACUUGCCAAAACGUUGGCUGCGUACUCCACUGGUCUGUCGUUGGAUAAUAGGAAUUCAAUUUGGCAAAACAAAAUGUAAUGUCAGACUUUGCUGCAUUUUACACAUGUGCUGAUGUUUACAAUGAUGCCGAACAUUAGGAAUUGUUUAUACACAACUUUGCAAAUUAUUUAUUACUUGUGCACUUAGUAGUUUUUACAAAACUGCUUUGUGCAUAUGUUAAAGCUUAUUUUUAUGUGGUCUUAUGAUUUUGUUACCGCAAUGUUUUUAACACUAUACUCUAAAACGGACAUUUUCUUUUAUUAUCAGUUAAAUUCACAUUUUAAGUGCUUCACAUUUGUAUGUGUGUAGACUGUAACUUUUUUUCAGUUCAUAUGCAGAACGUAUUUAGCCAUUACCCACGUGACACCACCGAAUAUAUUACUGAUUUAGAAGCAAAGAUUUCAGUAGAAUUUUAGUCCUGAACGCUACGGGGAAAAUGCAUUUUCUUCAGAAUUAUCCAUUAUGUGCAUUUAAACUCUGCCAGAAAAAAAAUAACUAUUUUGUUUUAAUCUACUUUUUGUAUUUAGUAGUUAUUUGUAUAAAUUAAAUAAACUGUUUUCAAGUCAAACAGUGAAAUUGUUUUUCAAAAUAUAAAAAAGGUCUGUGUAACAUUACGCAUUGUCUUAUGGGAGCAAUAGAAGCACAAAACUAAUUUGUAAAUUGAAUUUGCUUUUUAAGUCUACUAAUGAACUUACAUAAGACAUCAUAAGGAUGUUUUACAGCUUGAAUUUGGUAGAAGAAAACUUGUUCCUUCCCUUGGCUGUGAUGAUUUUUUUUCAGUCAGUUUCUCCAGCUGUGAGGUGAGGGUAACAGAUCUCUCUGACCUGGCUUUCUCGCAGGGGGUUGUGAGUGUACAUGGGAAGGAGGAUGUUAGAGCAGUUUGUUUCGCAUAAGGUUCCAUGUGAGUGUAAAGUGGUCUUCUGCAUCCCACCUUGCUGCUUGGGAGAAUCCAUUCUUGAUUUUUACACUUCUUAUACACAAGAUUAAAAAGGUAGACUUAACAGUAGCCCAAUAAGAGAAGAGGGGUGAACAUGCUGGAAUGUCUUGCAGAGGUAAGUUAAUAACUUCAUUAGGAUGCAUUUACUUGGAGGGUAUGCAUUAGAAUUGCAUUUUUUAAAAUUAAAAAUUAAAAUUUUAAUUUGUAUUACAGAUAACAUAAAAUUUACUAAUUUUUAAGUGUGCAUUAAAUACAUUCACCUUGUUAUGCUACUAUCACCAUCAUCUAUCCACAGAACUCACGUGAAACUGAAGCUGUAUCUGUCAAACAAUAUCUCCCCAUUCCUCCCUCCUUGGCCCCUGGCAAACGUUAUUCUACUCUGUGUCUCUAUGAGUUUGAUUACUCUAAGCACCUCAUGGAA